UGAUUGCAAAGAACAAUUGCGAAUGCAGCAUAAAAAAAGAUAAAAACUUUUCUUGGAAAUAUUUCUUAAUAUUUUAAUGGAUAAUUUAUUCUUUUCUAUAAGAGAGUGAAAUUUUAAUUCUAAACUUUAUAAUAUCAGUGAAACAUUGACAAGCAACGUCAAUCUAAUAUCAUUUUGAAAAUAGUGGAAAAAAAACAGCGGUAGCAAAAGUGGGGGGCAGAGACCCAGCUACCAUAUUGGCAACUUGUGACUUUUGGGUGGCUGUUAUAUUGGCAGAAAAAAAAAGAAAAUAAUAAAAUAACCUUUAUUCUAUACUCGAAAUGAUGCCUUGGAUUUAUACAUAAUUAACAUUUUUCUUUAUUCGUUUUACUUUUACGCUUGUAAAUUUAAUAAACAUAAAGAUUUUCUCCAAUUUUUCAAUAUUAUAAAAUGAGUUUCUUUGGAUUUGGACAGUCCGCUGAUAUAGAGAUUACUCUAGACGGUGGUGAUACAAGAAAAACUGCGGACAUUAAGUCUGAGGAUGGAAAAAAGGAACGGCACUUGCUUUAUUACGAUGGUGAAACAGUCUCGGGAAAGAUAAACGUCAGCUUGAGAAAAGCUGGAAAAUUGGAGCAUCAGGGUGUUAAAGUUGAAUUUAUAGGACAGAUUGAAAUGUUUUACGAUCGUGGUAAUCAUCAUGAAUUUACGAGUUUAGUUAAGGAAUUAGCGAGACCUGGAGAAUUAACUCACAAUACAGUUUAUACAUUUGAAUUCGCUAAUGUUGAAAAACCUUUUGAAAGUUAUACUGGCUCGAAUGUUCGACUGAGAUAUUUUCUUCGAGUCACAAUUGUUCGUAGAUUAAGUGAUAUUGUCAAGGAACUUGAACUCGUUGUACAUACACUCAGUUCGUAUCCGGAUAUGAAUAAUCCGAUAAAAAUGGAAGUGGGAAUCGAAGACUGUUUGCAUAUAGAGUUUGAAUACAACAAAAGCAAAUAUCAUUUAAAAGACGUUAUUGUGGGAAAAAUUUAUUUCCUCCUGGUGAGAAUAAAAAUCAAACACAUGGAGAUAGCAAUUAUUAAAAGGGAAAGCACAGGAUCUGGAAAUACGACAUUUACGGAAAAUGAAACAAUAGCGAAGUACGAGAUAAUGGACGGUGCACCGGUAAAAGGUGAAUCAAUUCCGAUAAGAGUAUUUUUGGCAGGCUACGAUUUAGCUCCGACAAUGCGCGAAAUCAAUAAAAAAUUUAGCGUCCGAUAUUAUCUCAACUUAGUUCUGAUGGACGAGGAAGAUCGUCGCUAUUUUAAACAACAGGAAAUCACGUUAUGGAGAAAAGGCGAAAGAAGUAGAAAAUCACAAACUGCCUCACCUCACUUGCCAUCGCAUUUGGUAUCGGCCGAAACGGGUUUUCCCCAAGGAAGACCACAAAAUGGACCACCAGUUCCUCCCAGUUCCGAUCAAAUAUCACCUGAAACCAGUACAGGAUUGGACGAUCAACCGGCUCCGAUUGAAGGUAUGACUCGUGAGGAAGGCGAUGGAGAGGGUGAGAAGGAUAUCAGUCCGGAAAAUAAUUGAUUUCGCAAAUAUAAAUAUAUAAAUAUAAAUAAUAAUAAUACUAGACUGUAAUUCAAAACAAAACAACAAAAAACUGAAGAACUGAAAAUAUUUUUUUUUUCGCGUAAAAAAAGAUAUAUCAAACGAAGGAAAAAAUACGAAAAUAUAUUUUCCUCAUUUAAAUGUUAUUGCACAGCAUUUUUCCAGUUUAUUGCGUGUACGCGGGGGAAAAAAGAAAAAAGUACAUAAUUGGGAAAGAAAAAAAGAAAAGGGUGUAUAUAUUUUGACUGUGAACAACUUUAAAUAGUAAUAUUUGAAAAAGGGAAAAAGAAAAAUGAUUGACGAAAAAAAAGGACUGGAUUUUCGAAUUGAAAAUUAAUUUUUAAUUUCAUUUACAGUCAGUUGGCGUUUCAGUCAUAUGUAAUAGAUCUAAGUGACCUCGUCUCUCUAAAUAAUCUGUAAAGCUUUACACGUUCAAUUAAAGACAUUAGGUAAACCUCUUGGAAAAAUGCAUUACAAGGGUUGCUUUUAAUAUGCAAACAAAAAAACAAUUUUUCAAAUUUCGAUUCAAUUUCAAAAACUUUACAAAUUUUUAAAUUUAAACAAACAAGAAUAUUAUUUUCAGAAACCUUGCAAGUCGAUAAAAUAAUUUCCCAAGUUGUUUACCUAAAUCUCUUAAAUUUACUUUCCUUUUAUUUAUAUCUAAAUAUAUUUUUAUUCUCUCUCUCUCAAAAAAAAUAGAGGGCAUUUUUUAAUUAAAAAAACUUUCUCAUUUUUGAUGAGAAACAAAAAUUACAAAAAAAAACUACCGACUGAUAAUGCGGCUUAUAAAAAAAUACAACAAAGCGAAACAUUUUACACACAUCGAUGAAAUUUUUUAGAGAAAGUCUAUGUCCUACGAAUAAUGACGAGAAAUGCCUAUUUUUCAGUUUUUAAAAAACAAUACAACUGUAUAAAUGGUAUAAAUCAAAUAAUGAAAAAAUACUGUUAGAAAAA